AGAUCUGGAAGCACCAUGUACACGUCCAUUCCCCAGAGCGGGUCUCCGUUCUCGGCCUCGGUGAAGGACCCUGGCCUGCACGUCUGGCGGGUGGAGAAGCUGAAGCCGGUGCCCGUCGCGCGAGAGAGCCAGGGGGUCUUCUUCUCGGGGGACUCCUACCUAGUGCUGCACAACGGCCCCGAGGAGCUCUCCCACCUGCACCUGUGGAUCGGCCAGCAGUCAUCCCGGGAUGAGCAGGGGGCCUGCGCCGUGCUGGCCGUGCACCUCAACACCCUGCUGGGUGAGCGGCCCGUGCAGCACCGGGAGGUGCAGGGCAAUGAGUCCGACCUCUUCAUGAGCUACUUCCCACGAGGCCUCAAGUACCAGGAAGGCGGCGUGGAGUCAGCAUUCCACAAGACCUCCCCAGGGGCUCCAGCUGCCAUCAAGAGGCUCUACCAGGUGAAAGGGAAGAAGAAUAUCCGUGCCACCGAGCGGGCUCUGAGCUGGGACAGCUUCAACACUGGGGACUGCUUCAUCCUGGACCUGGGCCAGAACAUCUUUGCCUGGUGUGGAGGGAGGUCCAACAUCUUGGAGCGCAACAAGGCGAGGGACCUGGCCCUGGCCAUCCGGGACAGCGAGCGGCAGGGCAAGGCCCAGGUGGAGAUCGUCAUGGAUGGGGAGGAGCCCGCGGAGAUGACCCAGGUCCUCGGCUCCAAGCCUGCUCUGAAGGAAGGCAACCCCGAGGAAGACCUCACAGCCGACCAGACGAAUGCCCAGGCCGCGGCUCUGUAUAAGGUCUCUGAUGCCACGGGACAAAUGAACCUGACCAAGGUGGCCGACGCCAGCCCCUUUGCCCUCGAGCUGCUGGUGUCCGACGACUGCUUCGUGCUGGACAACGGGCUCUGCGGCAAGAUCUACAUCUGGAAGGGCCGGAAAGCCAACGAGAAGGAGCGGCAGGCCGCCCUCCAAGUAGCCGAGGGCUUCAUCUCCCGCAUGCGAUAUGCCCCAAACACUCAGGUGGAGAUUCUGCCCCAGGGCCGUGAGAGUGCCAUCUUCAAGCAAUUCUUCAAGGACUGGAAAUGAGGGUGGGUGCCUCCUGCCUGCUUUCUCCUCUUCUGCUGGUCAGGGCUGUGAUGCCCCCUGCAGUUGUUCAAUAAAGGAAACGUGCUUUCCCAGCUCUUUUC